AUGGAUCAAAUUGAUAAUAGAUCAAGUACAAAUAUUCGACAACAUACAUUCUCUGAAAUGAUGCAACAACAUAUAAGUAGUGAUUUUUCAUUUCAAUAUUCACCUAAUUAUUCGGAUCAAUUUCUUCAACAAAAUUCUAAUGAAGAUAUUUCCAUGAUACAAUCAUCAAAUAUAGAACAUGAACAAAAUGAAAAUGAACAAACAUCAAUGCCUAUUAUAUAUAAAAAACGUGUACGAACAAAAUUUACUGAAGAACAGUUAAAUAUACUUGAAUCUACUUUUCAACAACAUCGUUAUCCGACUGUUGAUAUUGUUGAUGAUCUUGUUGAAUUACUUAAUUUACCUACACAAAAAAUAACGAUUUGGUUUCAAAAUCGUCGAGCUCGUUUAAAAAAAAGUCAACAAAAAUUUGAUGAUCAAUAUUCAUGUGAUAAAGAUAAUCAACAACAAUAUGAUAGUGGCAUUCAUUUGGAUGAUGAUAUUUCACAUGAUUCUCCAGGAAGUCCUCCAGCUAAUUCAUUACUUCCAUUGCCACCGCCACCACCACCCCCACCUCCACCACCACCAUUUAUUACUCCACCAUCGUCAUAUUAUUUUCCUCAUUCUCAUCAUUCGUUUUAUAAUUCAAUGUGGCCAAAUUUUCAUUAUCCAUUACCACCAAGUUCUUUCCAACCAACAAUGAUUAAUGCUACUAAUAUGCCAUAUAAUCUAAUGAAUUAUAAUUCGUGUGAAAUAUCUUCACCAUUUGUUUUUCAAAAUGUGAGCAAUUAUCAACAUCAAAGAGAAUUUAACGAUGAACAAUAA